AUGUUCAUAAAACAAACACCAACUCUUAAACUCAUGACAAUGCUGAAGAGGUUAGUAUGUUUGGCUGCCAUAGCCAUGCUGGUUCAGUUAGUCAUGGCUGCAACUUACACUGUUGGAGGUGCUACUGGAAGUUGGGAUUCAAGCACUGACCUACAAUCCUGGUGGUUUAAAAGUGUUUUGACAUACAUAUUAUCUGCAGUUUUCCAGUAUACUCCGAACCAUGAUGUGCUUGAAGUUACAAAGGCAGACCAUGACUCGUGCCAAACAAGCAACCCGCUUAAAACUUAUAGCGAUGGCAACACCGUGGUGCCUCUUACUUCUCCUGGGAAACGGUACUUCAUCUGUGGAACACUUGGACAUUGUAGCCAAGGGAUGCAAAUUGAGAUCAACACUUUAGCAACACCUCCUUCAACUCCACCCGAAACCUCUCCUUCUGCUGCACCAUCCGUGUCCCCGGUUCCUGAAAUGUCUCCCUCGCCGGCAAAAACAUCAGAAUCAGCUCCUUUCAGUCCAUCUCCGGCUGAUGUUACGGCAGCGGAAUCACCUGAAACUGCUUCUUCUCCCAGCGGUCCACUUCCAUCACCAGCUAACAGGAACAGAUUCGGGUUUGGCCUUCUGCUAGUGGUGCUUUUGGCCCUCUAAGCCUAUGAGGUUUCCUUUCUUCGGUAGAACCUUCAAGUAACAUUAUCUUUGUGAUUUUUAUCUCUUUAUUUGCUGUUGUAUCCUGUGUAAGGCUCAA